AUGCACUCACGGCCUCCAUUGUGGUUCCUGCAGCUCCCUUCUUUAUUCAGCAGGGUGAAUAGUCCCGGCAGCGCGGGGCGGCGGCAGCGCGGGGCGGGCGCGCUCCUCCUUCGGCUCUGCGGGGCUCGGGCCCUGUGCCGGGAGCGGCAUCCCCGCUCCGCGGGCCCCGCACCCCCGGCGCUCCGUGCCCGAGCGCGGCGGGACGCGGGCGGCUCCCGCUCCUGCCCCGGUGCCCGCCCCGUGCGGCCGCUGCCGGCGGGAGCCCCGGGGCAGAGCGGGCCGGGCGGGUCUCGGCUGCGGCUGUCGGGGCAGCCUCUGCUUCGGCACUCCCAGGAUUGUGCGCUGCCUGAAGGACUGCGGGAGGGGCCACGGGGCCGUGGGAAAGCAGCCCGGGCAUUUCUGCUGCCGGGAGCGGCUGCAGCAGCUGCGUGCUGUUCCCAUUCUCGCCGCCUUCGGUGUGGGGCAGCUUCGGAAGGCGAGGCACUAAACGGAGAGCCGAAGGCAGCGCUUGCCUGUCUUUAUUCGUGCUCGAAGAGACGGCGUUUGCCAAUUCAUCUGGGGCGUUUACGCCUCCGGAGUUCUAUAGAUGCUGUUGAACUGUUAGCAGAACAGUGGGAAAAUUGGCUGAUACAGUUGAAAGCUUUAAAUGCGGUAGCCAAAGCAGCAUUGCUCUCUGCUUUCAAGGCCACAGUCACUCAAGCAGCACCUGCCUUUGGAAUGGGAGGACAGCAAACCUCAGCCUUUGGGCUGUCAAGCUUUCCUGUGAGCAGCAGCAGCAGUACCAGUGCCAGCAAUUUCUCCUUUAAAGCCAGCUCCAGCCUCAUCAGUCCAGCAUCAUCUGGGAGCAGCCCUGCUGCUGGGAGCUCUUCUGCUGCUGCAAAUCCUCCUGCAUUUGGGACAGCAUCCUCUCCCAGCACAGCCCAGUCCGUCGGCUUUGGCAGCCCGGCCGCUGCAUCCGCAGCCUCCUUCUCCUUUAAAGCAGCUGCCACGGCCGGUGCCUUUGGGACUUCUGGCUUCUCAGGCUUUGGCAGUGCUUCUGCUGGGAGCUCUGCAAGCAGCCCUGCAGCAGCCUUUGGAGCCUUUGGUGCCACCGUAGCCCCUUCUGGCUCGCCCUCGAGCGGAGCUUUAUUUGGGCAGGGCGGCAGUGCCACUGCACAUCCUGUCACCUCAGCGUCUGCUGCAGCCACCAACGCCAGCCCUGCCUCAGACAAGUUAUUCACUCCCAAGAGCGAACUGUCAGCUGAAGAGUGGCAGCAGUUUGAAGCAAAGGAGUUCACAAUUGGGAAGAUUCCUCUGAAGCCACCACCAGUAGAACUUUUAAAUGCUUUCGACCUUUUAAGUUUAUUUUGAAAUGUUGUUAAUUUUUAUUUCCUUUCUCAGUUCUCUUCUGCAGAAACAAAUGCACAAGUAUAAACCUUUGAACCUUGUAUUGGGAUGGACUUCUUACAUCUGAAAGAUGAACUGUUGAAACUAAAAUAGAACAUUUCCUUCUAUAUGCUGUCCUGUGAAAUUCGGUACAAAGGCUAUAUGAAAAACAUGGUGUCAAAAGAAAGAAUGUUUCAGUGAGA